GGCUGCUGUGUCCCCAAGGGCCAUUCCAAGGCGGAAGAGGACAGGGAAGACCGCUGUGUAGAUUCCCGGGUCCCGUGGGCUGGGCGCGCGGCGGGUCAGGUUACAGACAGGUGAGGCUGGCUGUUGGGUGAGCUGCGGGCGCCAAGGCACCCCGGGCCAGACACGCCCCCGCAGCCCCCAGCAGCUGGCACGUGUCUGAUUACGUCCUGGAGGAGGGCGACCGCUGCGACCCAGGAGGCUGUGCUGGUUGUCUUGGGCACACCGGAACAGGGCCUUGGGAAGGGCAGCGCGAUCCCCAACUGGGCCUGGGCCGCCUGCUCCACGACCCCCACGAGGACUGCCGCAGCGACGGCGGCAGCAGCAGCGGCGGCAGCAGCAGCAGCAGCGCGGGGGAGCCUGGAGGCGCCGAGAGCAGCUCGUCCCCGCACGCCCCGGAGCGCGAAACCCCCGAGCCCGGCGACGCCGAGGGCCCGGAUGGACACCUGGCGGCGAAGCAGCGCCCGGUUGUCAGGUCGAAAAUCAAGUUCACCACAGGCACAUGCGGCGACUCGGUGACCCACCGCUGCGACCUGUGCGGCAAGGGCUUCCGCCUGCAGCGCAUGCUCAACCGUCACCUCAAGUGCCACAACCAGGUAAAGAGACACCUGUGCACCUUCUGCGGCAAGGGCUUCAACGACACCUUCGACCUGAAGAGACACGUCCGCACGCACACAGGCAUUCGUCCCUACAAAUGUGAUGUCUGCAACAAAGCCUUCACCCAGCGCUGCUCCUUGGAGUCCCACCUGAAGAAAAUUCACGGGGUGCAGCAGCAGUACGCCUACAAGCAACGCAGGGACAAGCUGUACGUCUGCGAGGACUGCGGCUACACGGGCCCCACCCAGGAGGACCUGUACCUGCACGUGAACAGUGCCCACCCGGGCAGCACGUUUCUCAAAAAGACAUCCAAAAAACUGGCGGCCCUUUUGCAGAGCAAGCUGACGUCCACACACCAGGAGAAUACCAACUUGAGUGAGGAGGAGGAGAAGCAGUGAGGAGGAAGAGAAGCAGGAGGGGAGACACCAACGCUGCCACGUUUACACGGACUUUUGGUUUCGAGGGUCCUCCACCCGACUGGCUCUUCUUACUUACAAGUGUUCAGUUCGCCUCUCUGUCCUUUUGGGACAUGGGCACAGUAGGGUCCGUUCCAAAGUUGUCCAUUAUGGUGGUGAUGUCAGGCCCUGUAACACGCGUGCCAUCAGACACAGUCACGUGCAUAUCACCAAAGUUUGUUUUCCAUACUCCUGAUGGCCAAGAUCACCGCGCAGGAUUUAUUAUUUUUUUUUUUUAGGAUUUUCACACAUGGAGGGAGAGGUAUUUCUUAGCUCAUUACGGUGCCUUGAAAUAAAAGUACUUCCACUUGAAAUGCUACUCAAGCAGGGAAAAUGAAUUUUAUUAUUCUGAAAGACUUUACAGAAAUUAUUUUAAUAAAUGAAAUGUUCUUGUGAAACUUUCUUCAAAAAGCAAAA